CCGUUGUGUCACUCAAUCGGCCCGUGCGCUCCGACACGCGCGCGACGUCCGGCGAAAAAGUCGUAUUCGCGCGCGACGUGUUCCAUUCGCAACACCGUCGUCCUCGUCAUCUUCGUCGUCGCGCGGAAACUAUCUCUAUUCCGUUUAUCACUUUCCAUCUCUCUCUCACUCUCUCUCUCUCUCUCUCUCUCUCUCUCUAUCUGGUGUUCUGACUCACACGCUUCACGUGCCCACACGGGCAGUCACCGACGACACGCUCGCCCGGUCGCCGUCACAACUUUCUGCAAGUCGUCUCUCGUAAAUCGUAUAUACUAACUGCGUAACACUAUGUUACCGUAAACGUAUAUCGUUCACAGUAUAUCGCGACGUCAACGAUUUUAAGAUGUAUUCAAUCAUGACCAUGUUACCUUCCAUAUUGGCGAUCAGCAUUUUUUUUCAAACCUUCAUUCCAGUGUUAUCCACGGUCAGCUGGGAAGAUUGGUGGACAUAUGAUGGCAUAUCAGGACCAGCGUUCUGGGGUUUAAUUAACCCCGAGUGGAGUCUAUGCAACAAGGGCCGACGACAGUCUCCUGUGAAUUUGGACCCGGAAAAACUGCUCUACGAUCCCAACUUGACAGAGCUACACGUGGACAGACACCGGGUGGACGGCAUAAUAUGCAACACCGGUCACAGCGUCAUGUUCUACUUGGAGAACGGCACCAAAAAUCACAUAAACAUCACUGGUGGACCGUUGUCGUACAAAUAUCAAGUGUACGAGAUCCACAUACACUACGGUCAGCAGGACGAAAUGGGCUCCGAGCACUCGAUCAACGGCUAUUCGUUUCCGGCAGAACUUCAGAUAUUCAGUUUUAACUCGCAACUGUUCGCCAACUACUCGGACGCGGUGCAAAGGUCGCAUGGCAUCGUCGUCGUCUCGUUGCUGUUGCAGCUAGGAGACUUAUCAAAUCCAGAAUUACGGAUUCUCACUGAUCAUUUGGACAUGAUUAGAUACAGCGGUGACGAAGUACCGGUGAAACGGUUGUCGGUCGCCGAUCUGUUGCCCGCCACCCAUUACUAUAUGACGUACGACGGGUCCACCACGUUUCCCGCGUGUCACGAGACCGUCACAUGGUUGAUACUGAACAAACCGAUCUACAUCACCAAACAACAAUUGUACAGUUUGCGAAGCCUCAUGCAGGGCAGCAAGAAGAACCAAGGGAUAGCGCCGUUGGGCAACAAUUUCCGACCACCUCAGCCUUUACACAAUCGGCUGGUGCGCACUAAUAUCGAUUUCAAUUUAAGAAAGGACGAUGAAAAAUACUGCCCAAGCAUGCACAAAGAAGUAUACUACAAGGCUAACGACUGGAAACUCCAUUAAUACAUGUGAAAAACCGCCAUCGACACCGUCAUCCUCGUCGAAGUCAUCGCCUCCACGCUGUAGUCGUUAAAACAAUAACAACACGAGAACAGCAAAAGAAGCAACGGCAUUUAGUAUACUUUAACACUUGUAACAUAAAAAUAUUGUUUGUAAAAAGUUAAAAAAUGAAAAAAAAAAAUUGCACCUAAAAACAUUAAAAAUUCUAAGGAUUCCCCCGAGGACUCUGGACUGAUUGCUUUUGAAUUUUCCACUACAGGUUUUCCAGUACUCAAAUCCAUUUUGUUUUUAUUUAGUUCGUUAAGCGAGAAGGUGUAAAAAACUUUCCAUUGAAUGAAACACCCGCUAUUAUAAUAUUAUUUACUAUAACUACUAUCGUAACAAUAUUCUAUUGUGUAGCUUGUCGUCACGAUAAUAUUCAAUACAAUAAAUUACCGUUAUCGUUUAAACGCGUUUUUAUAUUAUUAUAGCAUCAUAUACAUAUACAU